GACUCCGCCGCGGAGGCUGCCGGGAGCGGGCACGGGCGCGGGCUGAGCCCAAUAGCAAACCUGAGCAAUGCACUCAUGGUGAUAAAACCUGCCAAAGAGUAAGCAGAAUAGACAUGUGCUUCCUGCUGCAGAAAGACAAGACUCACUGGCCUGGUGUCUGGUCCUCAAAUGGAGGCAAGAGACCACGGGCGAGACAUGAAGCCCCAGCCUCCACAUAUGGCACUGGAGAAGCAGAUCCUGGCACUGCAGCAGCAGAUGGCAGAGAACCAGGCUGCUUCCUGGCGAAAGCUGAAGAUCUCCCAGGAGGCCCAGCUGAGGCAGGCAGUACUUGUGAGAAAGCUGCAAGCCAAGGUACUGCAGUACCGGAACUGGUGUCAGGAGCUGGAGCAGCAGCUAGAGAACAUUGGGGGACCUAUCCCAAAGAGGUGGGAAAGUGCUGAAGAGCCCAGACUGGAGCAACUGCUGAUCCGGCUGGAUGAAGAACACCAGAGGUCUGAGAGUUUGGUGAAAGUGAACACAAAGCUUCAGCAGCACCUGGAGAAAGCUGAUGUGGUGAACAAGGCCCUUCAAGAGGAUGUGGGAAAGUUAACAGUAGACUGGAGCCAAGCUCAGGAUGAGCUGGCAAGGCGACAGAGUGACUGGCAAAUGGAGAGGGAGUUCUUCAAGGGCUACGUGAAAGGGGAACAUGGCCGCCUUCUCAGCCUAUGGCGGGAGGUGGUGACCUUCCGACGCCACUUCAUGGAAAUGAAGACAGCCACUGACAGGGACUUGGCUGAGCUAAAGGCUGAACAUAUGAAGAUUUCAGGUUCCCUGCUGUCCAGCUGCCUGCACCUGAGCUUGGAAUUACAGUCCCGGGAGCCUCAGGGGUCAGGGAGACUGGCUGGCAAUGAGCGGGCCCAUCUACAACUAGUAGCCAGAACCCAGGAAUUGGAGAAGGAAAUACACGAAAGAAGCCAAGAACUUACCCUUCUGAAGGCCAGAGGGAAUAUAGAGAAGGCAGAACUUCAGGAUAGGGUGACUGAACUUUCUGCUUUGCUGGCUCAAAGUAAAAAGCAAAAUGAGGAGCAGGAAAAGAUGAUGAAGGCUCUGAAAGACACCAUGGAUAUCCUGGAGACAAAUCGUUCAGAAUUAAUGGAACAUGAGGCAUCUCUCACCAAAAAUGCCUGGGAAGAGAAGUUAUCUCUGCAGCAAGUGAUCAUGGACAUAAUGCAGGUAGUGGUAGAUGAUGAGGACAGUGAGAACAAAGGUUCUGGACUAGAGAGCUCCCUAGAACCGGAGUCCAGUGGCUUCUGCCAGCUCCUUUCUGAAGAUCCAGAUAAGGUUCUUACAUUGGUGCGCUCGGUUCUGGCUAAGAAAUGCCAGGCAGUGCAGGGCCUAAGGCAGCAGCUUUCAACCUGUCAGGAGGCUGUGAGCUUCUGGCAGCAUCAGCAUACCCAGUGGGAGGAAGAGGGCGAGGCCCUGAGGCAGCGACUCCAGAAGCUUACUGGGGAGCGGGACGUCCUGGCGGGACAGACCCAGGGCCUCCAGGGGGAGGUGGACUCUCUCAACAGGAAUCGAGAGCACCUGGAAAAGGCUAGGGAGGAGCUCCAACAGCAGCUGGAGGUCCUGGAACAGGAGGCCUGGCGCCUCCGCAGAGUCAACACAGAGCUUCAGCUGCAGGGGGACUUGGCGCAGGGGGAGAAGGUGGAGCAGGAGGAGCAGCUGCAGCAGGCUGUUCGAGAGAGGGAUUGCCUUCAGGAGACUUUGAAGGGCCUGGAAGCCAGACAGUCUGCAUCAUUGAGUGAGUUGAUCACCCUGAAGGAGGCACUAGAGAAGAGCCAUUUGGAAGAGGAACUGCUGAAUCAAGAGAAAGCAGAGGUGGCAAGAGCCCUGGCCAAGGCAGAACAGUCAAUUGCGGAGCUGACAGGAGCAGAGAGCACCCUCAAGGUGGAAGUAGCUGAUCUUCGGGAUACAGCAGUCAAGCUGAGUGCACUGAAUGAAGCGUUGGCCUUAGAUAAAGUGAGGCUGAACCAACAGCUCUUGCAGUUAGAGCAGGAAAACCAGUCUGUCUGUGGUAAAGUAGAAUCAGCAGAGAAGGCCAGGAGUGCUGUGCUGAUGGAACUGGAUGAAUCUGAAAGGAGAAAGGAGGCCCUCUGGACGGAGAAGGCUCACCUUGAGAUGCAACUACAGAAAGCAAAGGAUGCUGAGACAGAGCUGCAGGAACAUCUCAGCAGGGUGAGAGAAGAGAAGACGGAAACCCAGGAGAAAUUGGAGGAGGUACGGCACCAGUUGGAGGUAGCUACUGCAGAGCUUGAGCAGCUGCACCAGGAGACAGCUCGGCAAGGGCUUCUGCGGGAAAGAUUGAGCCAGGAGAAGGAGGCCCUGGUCCGGGACAAGGCUGCCCUGGAGGUGCACCUGAAGUCCUUGGAGCGGGACCGACAGGAUCUUUCUGAGCAGCUACUGGAACUCAGCUCAGCCAAAGAACUGUUAGAAACCAACCUGUUUGAGGCUCAGCAGCAGAGCUCUCUGAUGGAAGUUACCAAGGAGCAGCUGGUGGUGCAGAUUCAAACAAUCACACAAGCCAAGGAGGUGAUCCAAGAGGAGGUGAAGUGCCUUCAGAUGGAACUAGAAGCAGAGCGACAGCAGGCAGAGCAGGAGCGGGACAUGGUGGCCAAACAUCGGGACCAGAUAGAGCAGGAGGGUCAGGCAGCUUUGCAGAGGCAGCAGGCCAGCUAUGAAGAAGAACUACGCCUGCUGCAGGAGAAGAGGGAGAUGGACCACGUUAAGCACAGGCAGGAAUUGGAGGCCAUAUUAGAACAAAUGGAAAAGGAGAAAGUGGACCUGGAGAAGACCUGUGAGAAGAAGCUAAGGGAGCUACAGGAAGAGUCCAAAGCUGCCUGGGCACAGAGGAUAGAGGAUCAUGCCCAGGCUGAGAGCAACAGACGUCAGAUGCAGCUAGAGAUAGAAGAGGAAAGGAUGUCACUACUGGAGACACUCUUGAAGACCCAGAAUGAAUUAGCUGAUGCUGGCCAGCAACUAGAGCGACUCAGGCAGGACAUGAAGACCCAGAAGUUAAAGGAACAGGAGAAUAUGGAGAGCCUUUGGGUCCAGCUGCAGGAGGCCCAGAAGGCUCUGAAGGAGACAAGAAGAAAGCACCAAGAUGACCUUGCCACCCUUCAGGAAGAGACGAACAUCCUGUUGCAGCAAAGAGAGAGCCUACAGAACCAGGUGCAAGACUUGAAGGCCCAGCUAGUCACUAGUGAAGACUCAUGUAGGCUGGCAGAACACGAGGCUCAACAGCAGCUACAAGAAGCCCAAGAGUGUACUCGUGUACUGGAGCAGGAAAAAGCCAGCCUGGUUCAGUCACUAGCAGAGAAGGAACAAAGACUCUUCAUCUUACAGGAGGCUGAUUCAGUCCAGCAGCUUGAGCUGAAAUCCCUACGCCAGGAUGUGAAAAAGGCCCAGGGAGAACAGGAGCAGCUGAGUGCCCAGGUACAGUUUCUGGAAGAAGAAGUGCAGAAAAAGGAAGCUUUGCUUCUGGAUCGAGAAACACUUUUGGAGAAAUUGGAAGCAUCAAAGAAGACAGAGCAGCAGUUGAGAGCCUCACUGUGGACACAAGAGGCCAAGGCAGCCCAGCUGCAGCUACAGCUGUGCAGUAUGGAAAGCCAAGUAGGGGCUCUGGUUUUAGAGCAGCAACAUGGACGUCAGGCACAGGCACAGCUAGCCAAUCUCUACUCCAUCCUACAGCAAACCUUUGGAACAGCUGUUGAGAGCAAGCUAGAGCUGAAUGGUGCUGGAGAUGCCUCUCCCCUUCCCUGGAGCCCCAAAGCCUUGGGGCCAGAGCAAGAGAAUGCAGAGAAUUUCCUUAAAAGCCAGAUUGCCCUAACUACUGAGGGUGUGGCAUCUGCCCUUCAUAAGCUUCAGCGAGACCUCUGGAGGGCUCAUCAUGCUCGGGAUGAUAUGAAGUGUCAGGUUGAAAAGCUGGAACAGUGUCUAUCCCAAGCUGAAGCUGAACGGAACCAGUUUUUUGCCAAAGUUGAGGAACUCCAGAGACUGCUGUCCCAGAAUCAGAAAGAGAAAUUGAAAUGGGAAGGGGAGCAGAGCUCCUUGGAGACAGAAUUGGUUGCACUUCAGGAGAGAGUGGCCUCCCUGCAAAGCAGCCUGAAGAGUGCUGAGCAGCAAAGGGUAGAAGCCCAGAAUGAACGAGAAAUGUUGUGGACAGCUAAGGAAAAUUUGGUAUCGGAGGUGGAACACCUUCAGAUAUCAGCUGCAGCCGCUAAGGCACAAGCUAGUGCCAUAGAAGCCCUGGAAGAAGAACUGAGAACAAUUCGCUCAGCCCUUCGACAGAAGACUGAGGAAGCAGAGAGCGAGCGGGAGAGAGCAGAGGCCCUGAAGAGAUGGGAUGAACAGAAGGUGGCCCAAGGGAAGGUCCUGCAGGAGAAUCUUGAUCUUUUGACCAGCUCGCUUUCUAAGAAAGAGAAGGAUCUAGAAGCCCUGCUGGGAACAAUUCAAGAGCUGGAAGAGCAGAAAGAAGCACAAAAAGUGAUGCAAGAACAUCUGUCUCUGAACCUGGAAUCCCAGCAAGAACAGAUCCAAGAGCUAGAGAAACAGAAAGCUGUGCUAGAACAUCUGCCUAUGGCCAUGGAGGAGAAAGAGAGGCAGAUAAGAUCACUGAGAGAGCAGAUUGAAGAGUUUGAGAAGAAGCAAGAAACUCAGGGAAACAUCCUGGACCAUCAGGCUCUGGAUUUACAGAAGAAAAUGCAAGUGAUAGAGUCCCAGAGAGAACAGAUUCAAGAUCUGGAAAACCAGUUGGUCACUCUAGAACAUCUGGCUUUAAAAGUUAAAGAGAAUCAUCAAGAAAUAGAAUCUCAGAAAAAGAAGAUUGAGGACCUGGAGCACCAAAGAGCAAUGCAGAGGACUACUCUGACCCAUCUAACUUUGGACUUGGAGGAGAGGAGUCAGGAAAUGCAGUCACAGAGCAAACGGAUUAAAGAGUUGGAAAACCACAGUGCUCUCCUAACAGCAGAUCUUGAGGAGAGAAGUCAGGAGAUGAAAUCUCACAGAGACCAAAUGGCGGAGCUCAAGAAACAAAAGGAUCAACUUACUUGGGACCUAGAGAGGAGAGGCCAGGAGUUGGUACUACAAGAAGAGAAAAUAUUGGCCCUGGAAGAUCAAAGAAUGUUGCAGAACAAAUUAUUAAAGGAAGACCUUGAACAGAUGAAAUUGGCCUUGAGGGAAAAAGACAGGGAAAUUGAGUCUCAGAGACAGCUCAUGAUAGAGCGAGAAGAGGAAGAAAAGGGGCAAGCCAAGGCCCAGCGCAGCAGCCUGGAGCACAUGAAGCUGAUCCUGAGGGACAAGGAGAAGGAGGUGGAGUACCAGCGGGAGAGGAUCCAGGUGUUCCAGCAGUAUGGAGAACAGCGGGAAGAGCAAUUGCAGGGCCUUCGGAGAAAGAUUGGGGAAAUGACACUACUCUUAACUCAGAAAGAUCAAGAGUUGGAGAUUCAGCAACAGCAUAUUGAGAAAGCACGGGAAAGAGGGGAGUCCAGGGAAAGGGCUCUGCAGGACCAGCUGGAGAGAGUGCAGGAGGCCUUGCGUGCCAGAGAGGGAGACCUGGAAUCCCUCCAGCAGAAGGUGCAGAAGCAGCAGGAGAGCCAGGAACAGCGGGCGAGCACUCUGCAAGCAUCCCUGGAGCAGGCCAAGGCAGCUUUGGAGGAGCGCGAGCAGGCAGUUGAGGCUCACAAGGAACAGAACUGGAAGGUGCAGCAACAACAGACAGUUGCAGAGCUGCAGGUCCGAGCUUUGGAAGAGCUGCUGGGAGAUCUCAGGGCUGAGUUUCAGGAACAAGAGAAGGUUCUGGAGGCCCUGCGACAGCAGUGUACAGAGCAGGGACAUGAGCAGAAGGCAGAGGCCAGGCAGUGGGAAGAGGCUGCAGCAGGCCAGGUCCAGGCCCUCCAGGAGGCCCUCAGAGCAGCACAGGCUUCCCUUCGGGAAAAAGACCAGGAGCUCCUCCAGCAGGCAGAACUAAGCCAGCGCUUGGAAGUCAGUGCAGCUGCUCUGCAGGCAGCCCUGGACUCUUGUCAGAUGCAGGCCCGGCACCUGGAGGAGGCCCUGAGGGAGCGAGAGAAUGAGAUUGGGCAGCAGCAGCUGCAGCACCAAGAGAUGGCCCAGCAGCUGCAGCUGGCCCUAGCACAGAGGGACCGAGAGCUGAGGCAUUUCAAGGAAAAGGGGCAGCAGCGAGAGGCAGCCCUGGGCCAGCUAGGCAAAGGAGAAGAAGAAGAAGAAAGCAAGGUCUUGAAAGAGAAUCUCAGGCAUCUCCAGCUGUCCCUGUCUAGGAAGGACAGAGAGGUCCUGCAGCUGCAAAAGGUCUUCCAGAGGCAGGGGCAGGAGUCUUACAAUGAAAGCCAUAGCCCAGAGAAAGUGGAGGAGGAAGAGGAAGAAGCCUGUGAGAUGGGGAUGAUGAAAAUGUCCCUGCGUGAGAUAUCACCUGUGUCCAUGGAGGAGACCAAGCUUCAGGAGGAGCUUGAGCGAGUAAAGAAUGCCCUGAGGCAAACAGAGGCCCGGGAAAUCGAAUGGCGAGAGAAAGCCCAAGCCUUGGCACGUUCUCUGGCUGAGAGUGAGGCCAGCAUCUGUAACCUGCACGAAGCAGCCCUGUUCUUACAGGCCAAGGCAAUGGAGCAAAACACAGAACACCUGCAGCUUCAGGAGCAGUUGCGGCUCACAAGACAAGCACUAGAGGAGGAGCAGUCCCAGAGCCAGGGCUCAGCUGUGGGGGCAGAGCCAGAGCUCCAGGGAGACCAGUGUGCAGCCCAAGGCGAGGCCACAGGACCAGAUGAUGAUGGGUCUUGUACAGAGCUUGAGAAGACACAGCGAUGGCAGAAAAGGCUAAAGUACCUGCUGCAUGCCAUGGCGAGUUUGGAGCAUGAGAGGAAUCGGCUUCAGCAACACAACUUCCAGUUAAGGAUCACCCUCGAGCAGGUAGAGCGUGAACGAAAAAAGCUGAAGAGGGAUCUCGGCCGCAUGAGCCAUGCUGCCACUCCCCUGCUUAACAAGAGCACAGGCCUCACUCCAGCCCAGCAGCAGGAAAAAGGGGAAGAGGAGACUCCCUCAGAACUGAAACAUGUGGCUGAGCUACAGAGGCAGGUAUCCAUCCUGCAGGCACAACUCGCAUUGGAGCGGCAGCAGAAACAGGACUACAUCUCCCGCUGUGUGCAGACAAGCCGAGAGCUGACAGACCUGCACCACAACCUUUCCCACUCACUGUGGGCUGUAGCUCAGGCCCCUGAAGCCAACGUCUUGGAGGCAGAAGCCCGAAAACUCGAUAAGUCACUGUCCCACAGCCUGACAUCUCCUAGGCCAUCCCCUCUAUGUUGUACUCCCAGGUCAGCCCAGGCUACUUCCCGGUAACUGAUGGCGUGUAGUGGGGGCAGGACUUAGGCUUGCUUGAGAAUCCUUGAUCAAUAUACCUCUGAAGGUCUUAGGCCCCUUCCUGCACUUGUUUCCUGAAGGUGAAGAUCCCUGUACCUAGCCUGGUUUUGCCAGAAGAAAGAUUAGAAAAGAAAGAUUAGAGCCAGUUUUUCUGUGCCAGAAUACACAGCAGGUCUACUGCUUUCGGUGCUCUCAGCUAGAGGGACAAAGCCGUAAGGGUCAGGGUGGCCUCUUCCCCUGAUGCCCUCCCUCAUUGGCAUCUUCUUGGAGUGAGCAGAUGCUUGCCACAAAGGGGUGAGCCCUGACUGAGAUGCACUCCCAGACUUCUAGUGUUUACCUGUAUUUAUUGAAUCUAUUCUACCUAACCCCUUAUAAUAAAGUAUUCUUUGUUUUCCUUU